UGGCCAGAACAAUGUUUACUCUCAUAAACGACUUAGUUUUAUUACGACAGAGAUUUUCGCUGAUUCUCAAAAAUACAAUUUGUUAUUGUAAUCAACAUCUUUUCGUCAGAAGAGUGUCGUAUAAAUACGAAAUCCGUGUAUGAUCCCUUUAUUAAAUUAUGUGUGGCCGAGCAAAUAAAAUAUCUCAGGUCUUCACAUAUCGUUUUAUAAUUUUGAUUUGAAAAUCAUAUUAUAGAGAGUGUAGUUGUGCAGUUUCUAUUAGGUGAUUUAAAAUGACUGUUAAGAGCGUUAGUAUUUUUAAGGAUACAGGAUCUCAAAUUUUUGCUGCUGUCACAGGUACCUUAGUAGCUGCUUCCGAUGGUAUGUCUUUCGGAUGGACAUCACCUAUGGUACCGUAUCUUCUCAGUGAUGAGUCACAUAUACCCACCACCGAAACGCAAGCGGAAUGGCUGGAAACAAUUUCAUUGAUAGGAGCUUUUUGCGGACUACCUUUUACGAUAUAUUUUGUAGAUAAGAUAGGAAGAAAGAAAUCAUUAUUAUUAGCAGCUGUAGUAGUAUUAUUAAAUUGGAUAGCAAUAGGAUUAGCAAAUCGAAUAGAAUAUAUUUUUGUAGCUAGAUUUUUUGCUGGUAUGGCUGGAGAUAUGUCGUUUGUAGCAGCCCCAAUGUACAUAGCUGAAAUAGCAGAUUCAAAAAUAAGAGGAUUUUUAUCGUCGAUAAUUUACAUCAUGAUGUUAUUAGGAUUGGUUUUUGUGUAUAGCUUAGGACCAUAUACUCCAUUUUAUUCCAUACCUAUUGUUGGAUGUGUUUUAGCUAGUGUCCAGCUACUGAUAUACACUUUUCAACCUGCUAGUCCAUAUUACCUAAUAUAUAAAAAUAGGCCUGAAGAAGCCAAAGAAUCUUUAAGGAGACUUCGUUCUGCACAUGCUGAUUUAGAUAAAGAGCUGAAAGAAAUCUCAGCUGGAAUUGAGAGACAAAAGACAGAAAAGGGACGCCCUCAAGAUCUGAUUCUGGUACCUAGUAACCGCAAAGCAAUUAUUAUCAUGACUGUACUUAACGCUGGUCAACAUAUGGCAAGUAUUAGCGUGAUGUAUAUGAACCUGCAUCCCAUCCUUAACGCUGCUGGAUCUAUCUACCUCGACAACAACAUAACUGCCAUCAUAUUUGCCGUAAUCAUGCUUUUGGCAUCGACGUGUGCUUGUUUCACCAUCGACAAGUUUGGCCGAAAAAUAAUUCUGAUCGUCUCCAGUUUUCUCAGUGCACUCUGCCUUAUAGCUCUGGCGGUUUAUUUCCACCUUCAAUACCUUCACUAUGAUGUAUCUGCAGUGUCUUGGAUUCCUAUCGCAUCGGUGUUGGUUUAUGCUGCUGCUUUCAAAUAUGGACUAGGUUUGGUACCCAUAGUUAUAACCGCCGAAAUAUUUCCCGCUAAAAUGAAAGCUAUCGGCAUGACCGUAGCCGAUGUGAUGUUUGUUAUAGGAGGAAUAAUAUCUAUUCAGUUUUAUCAGAUAUUACAUAAGUACGGAAUGCACGUACCUUUCUAUCUGUUUACGGUUUGUGCGGUUGGAGUUUUAGUGUUUUCGGCUUUCUGUAUUCCUGAGACUAAGGGAAAGAGUUUGGAGGAAAUUCAGCUGAUGCUUAAAGGAGAUAAAAUGGAGAAGGUGGAACAACGAACUGGCAUUGAGAAAAAAAUUGAAUUGACUGGCGUGUAAUCAAAACAUAUAUUUGAUACCAACUAAACUUUUAAUUACGUAAUCUAGGGCGCGAUUUUUAAAUUCAUUGUUGGUAACCAUUGACAUAUUCGGCGCCGGGCUGACUAACUG